UCACACGCCAUGUUGGUAUUUCAGACCAAUUGUACGCUGCCUGCGUCGACAACAACUUUUGUUGAAAGUCCGAAUGUGCGCGGUACUCUCGACAUCCUCUGGAGCUGUCUAGGUGUACUGCUUUUAUGCACUUGGUCCAUCCAACACUUAGCCAUUCCAAAUCAAUGUCGCCCUCGAAGUAUGCGUCAGCGGAUCAACAAGUUCUUUGUUGAGCUAGGGAUCAAGCUGAGAUGGAUGCUGGUUACACUUAUUGCUCCUGAGUUACUAUGCGGUGUGGCUGCUGAAGAGUGGUUGAGCGCUUGCAGAUCUGCCAAAUCCAUCAGUCAGAGAGCAAAAGAUGAUGGAGUCGAUUGGACGUCAAGCCAUGGCUUCUUUGCGCAGAUGGGAGGUUUCAGACUUCGAUUCCGUAAGGUUGAUGCCCAAGAGCCUCGAAGGAUAUCAAGUAUUGCCAAGGACUCAUUGCUGGAGAAACGCAGCAUCGCCGCGCCUUUCCAGGAACCAUUGCUUGGUCGACUCAGCUUUCCACAUGCCAAUAGCUGGGGUCACCAUGCCGAGACUUCUUCGACAGUCGGGUCUGAGAGAGAUUCUGUCUUGAAAUCCCCUGUCAAUGUUGCGAUCCGAGAGAAGAGUUUCAAAUCACUCGCACGGAAAUAUGGAAUCAUCGAAACGUUUCCGAACAUGAGCAAAGAAGAUUUGGACGCGAUUAGCAACAGCGAUGGCCUCGCCAAAGCACUGGCCGUGUGUCAAGUCCUCUGGCUUAUCAUUCAAAUGAUAUCGCGUGCUGCAUCAUCUCUUGCUGUGUGCCAGCUGGAAGUCGCAACUGGAGCUUUCGCAAUCACGACCUUUUCUACUUACAUCUGCCUGUGGCAGAAGCCUCAAGGAGUCUCGAGACCAAUCUACCUGGAAGCCGUACGCAGACCCACAAUCGGCGAAGCUUGGGAGCUGGCACAAUGUGGUCUGGAAGAGACGAGCUCGCUUCUAUACCGUGCUAGAAGCUGGAGGCAGUCUCGCGAGCACUUGAAGGCUAGAGCUUUCUCCAACACCAUCAUGUUAAUCUGUGCAACAGCGCUUGGAGCAGUGCAUUGCGCUGCAUGGAACUUUGAAUUCCCUAACAGAGUUGAGAUGUGGGCUUGGAGAGGUUGCGCGUUGGGCUCCACCAUGCUGCCACUCUUCUUGUUAGCGUGGCACGAGCUGUAUUUGCGCUACGCCUUUACGAAACAUAUUGUGUUCUCGGUGGUCAUUCUGGUUGGGUUCAUGUUGUAUGGGUUCACCAGACUGUUUAUCAUGGUGGAGAUGUUCCGAUGCUUGUCAUAUCUACCUGUGGAGGCGUUUGUAACGACGUGGACGAUAAAUUUGCCGGGCAUUUCUUGA